CUGACUGACGAGGAGAGGGUCUAUCUAAACGCCGCAGCACUCGGAGACGCGCCGAUAGUCCAAAAAUCCUCAAAAAAACGCCCAAAAACGCCAAGGUUGAACGUGAACUGUCUGGACUACAUGGGCAGAAGCGCGCUGCAUCUAGCGGUCGAUAGCGAUAGCAUGGAGACCGUGGAAUUACUGUUGGAUAGAAUUGACUUUGAUUGCAUAGAGGAGGCCCUGUUGCAUGCUAUCAGCAAGGGGGCCACUAAAACAGUCAGGGUCAUCAUCGAGCACCCCAACUAUAUUGCAGGUAGUAUUAUUAUAGUAUUAGGUGCCGAACAGGCAAAAAGGUCCCGGAAAGAUCCAUUUUUCAGGACCGACGAAAAGAGCCAAUUCUCACCCGAUAUAACCCCCUUAAUUUUGGCGGCCCAUUACAAUAACCACGAAAUUAUUCAAAUGUUUCUCAGUAGGAAUCACUCCCUGGACAGGCCCCAUCCGAUUUCAUGUCAGUGUGGGGACUGUGUCACCAAGCAGAACUACGACUCACUGAAAAGGUCAAGGUCGAGGUUAAAUGCCUACCGCGCCCUGGCGAGCCCCGCCUACAUGGCCCUAUCGAGCCCCGACCCAAUUAUGUCGACCUUUGAGUUGAGACAGGAGAUGAAAAAAUUGGCCCAGGUUGAGAAAGAGUUCAAGAUUGGGCGCGCGUUAAGAUGUCCCGCCUCCAAGUUCAUCACCCACACGUUCUCCCACAUCUGCUUCCUCGUACUCCUGGCGGCAGCCACCUUCCGACUCGACAACCAAACCUACCCCAUGACCUUUAACCUCACGAAUGACCUUUUUGCGCCGGCCAACGUCCUGAUGACUAACGUCCAAAUAUGCCUCAUGUUUUGGAUCUUUGGCCUCUUAUGGAUGGAAUGCAAGGCGAUGUACAAUUCUGGCUUACGAGUCUACCUACUCGAUAGCUACAACAUGAUUGACUUCGUCGUCUUGUCGGUAUAUUUGAGCUCCUACGUGUUACGGUUUCUAGUCGAUCACCGAAUAAAAGCUGCCGACCGAUUUCAAAACACACACACAAACACACACGCACAUACACACACACACAAACACACACAAACACACACACACGCACGCACACACACGCACACAGCUCGUUUCGAAUGGAAACCAAAUGAUCCCGAAAUUGUAUCAGACGUUCUAUUCGCUGUAGCCAACGUGUUGAGUAUUGCCAGGACAACCUACCUGAUGCCAGCCUUCGAAGUUCUAGGCCCUCUCCAAAUAUCGCUCGGGCGAAUGAUUGGCGAUAUUACGAGAUUUCUCGUUUUGUUUACUUUGGUAUUGUUUGCAUUCAUGGUAGGAUUGCAUAACCUAUAUUGGUACUACGGUUCACAGACCUACAAAAAAGAGGGCACAGAAAAACUGGUCCAUACAUCAGAGGCCUUUCAAGGUUUGUUCUGGUCAAUGUUUGGCCUGGUGAAUAUAGAGAGCGUUGAAAUAAAGUACCCAAACAAAGAGAAGGGCAGCGACUUCGCGUACAGCUUCCCAGGGGGCAACCACGCGACGUCUGUGGUUGAGGGCGUCGGGAUGUUUCUCUUUGCCCUCUACCACGUAGCCAUCAUCAUCGUCCUCAUCAACAUGCUCAUCGCCAUGAUGAGUCACUCCUUUGAAGACAUACAGACGGACUGUGACGUUGAAUGGAAGUUCGCUAGGACGGGUCUGUGGAUGAAUUAUAUUGACGAUGGCGGAACUCUUCCAGUCCCAUUCAACAUGUUCCCGACUCCCAAAUCGUUCAUUUAUUUGUAUAAGUUAGCGUUUGUUCAUUCGUUCGUUCGUUCGUUUGUUCAUUCGUUUGUUCAUUCAUUCAUUCAUUCAUUUGUUCGUUCGUUUGUUCGUUCGUUCAUUUAUUCAUUCAUUCAUUCAUUCAUUCAUUCAUUCAUUCAUUCAUUCAUUCAUUCUUUCAUUCAUUCUUUAGUUGCAUCAAUUGAUCACACUUAUGAUAAUAACAACAACAAUAAUAAUGACGAUAAUAUUAACUUUUAA